CCCACUUUCCCCCAACCUCACCCUCACCUCCUCUUGUCUCCCAACCAGUCCAUCUUGCUUUCUCUCUGAAUCACAUGUGCAACGCUCACCCCAUGGGCUUGCCCCCUGAUCACAGCUACACCUACUUUCACUCAGAUGAGGGCCACCUCAGGAUGAAUGAAGUGCCACCCGCAACUACAGACUGCUGACGUUGGGAGCGCCGUUUUCAGUGCCAUGGAAAAGCUACAUGACCAAGAGGUCAAGUUCAAGGCGAGCAGGGAAACCGCCUCGCCGGGACCCAUCGUUGUUGCCAGAGGAGAGUGGUCCAACAAAAUGGAGUUCCUCCUUGCAGUUGCAGGACAAAUCAUUGGACUUGGAAAUGUGUGGCGGUUUCCUUACCUGUGCUACAAAAACGGAGGCGGGGUAUUCUUUAUCCCUUAUGUGCUCUUCCUCUUUGCAUGUGGCAUCCCUCUGUUUCUGCUGGAGACAGCUCUCGGCCAGUACACUAAGCAGGGCUCCAUUACUUGCUGGAAGCAAAUAUGUCCGCUUUUCGGAGGAAUGGGUUAUGGAAGUCAGGUGGUAGUUUUAUACUCCAGCAUCUAUUACAUCAUCAUAUUGGCGUGGGCAUUCUUGUACCUCUUCUCUUCCUUCAGCUCUGAACUUCCAUGGGCUAGUUGCCGAAACAGCUGGAACACAGACACUUGUGUGGAGUUCAGUGAACGACGUGCUCUCAACUGGACUGUGCCGGAAAAUGCAACAUCACCAGGGACAGAGUUUUGGGAGAGAAGAGUUCUGAACGUGACUGGAAAUAUCGAAGACUUGGGUGGUGUUCGAUGGGAGUUAGCCCUCUGUCUACUUUUGUCUUGGAUCAUUUGUUACUUUUGCGUGUGGAAAGGCGUGAAGUCCACAGGAAAGGUUGUGUAUUUCACGGCCACAUUUCCGUAUGUGAUGUUGGCUGUGCUGCUUGUCCGUGGACUGACACUGCCCGGGGCCAUAGAUGGUGUCAAGUUUUACCUCUACCCGGACGCAUCUCGCCUAUCUGAUCCACAGGUCUGGAUGGACGCUGGCACUCAAAUCUUUUAUUCCUAUGCUAUUUGCAUUGGCUGUUUGAUGGCGCUCGGCAGUUAUAACAAGUAUAACAAUAACUGCUACAAAGACUGCUUCUACUUGUGCCUCCUGAACAGCGGGACCAGUUUUGUGGCCGGUUUUGCUAUCUUCUCAGUUCUCGGAUUCAUGGCUUAUGAACAGAACACAGACAUAUCCAAAGUAGCAGAAUCAGGUCCCGGCCUGGCUUUCAUCGCUUACCCUCGAGCCGUGGCCAUGAUGCCGUUUCCACAGAUUUGGGCCAUUUUCUUUUUCAUCAUGAUCAUCCUCCUUGGAUUGGACAGUCAGUUUGUUGGUCUGGAAGCAAUUGCAACUGCUAUUUGUGACCUGAAACCUUCCAUCUUCCACGUCGGCCAUAGACGCAAACUACUUCUUCUGCUCAUCAGUAUUUUCUGUUUCUUCAUUGGCCUCAUAAUGGUCACUGAAGGAGGAUUGUACAUCUUUCAGUUGUUUGACUAUUACGCCUGCAGCGGGAUGACUCUGCUUCUCUUUGCCAUACUUCAGUCCGUGUGUAUUGGAUGGGUUUAUGGAGCAGAUCGUUUCUAUGACAACAUCGAGGACAUGAUUGGAUACAGGCCUUUACCACUGAUUAAACACCUCUUGAAAUAUGUCACCCCGGUAAUCUGCAUGGGAACAUUUAUCUUCUCCUUGGUUAAAUACAAACCUCUGAAAUUCAACAACACCAUUGAGUAUCCGUGGUGGGGUUAUGCUCUGGGCUGGUGGUUCACUCUGUCUUCCACACUUAACGUUCCCCUAUGUAUGGUGUAUAACCUGAUUACCACUCCCGGCACACUUCGUCAGCGGGUCGCCAUCCUUUGCAGUCCAUCGGAAGAUCUUCUGUCGCCAAAAUCAGAAGAGAAAGUACUUGACCUGCUCCACAUGACUCACAAAUCAGAUGCCAUAUUGUGAAAACGUCGGGCAUGUCCAUUGAAACUAUGAGACACAACUUUAAAUAUCUUUGCAAAAUCAAAGAUGGCAUUCACAACCUGGUUUUCUCCUUUGGAACCAAGGUACAGCAGUUAGAAAUAUAACCAAUCAUGGAGUCAUUGUUUGUCCAUUCCUAUCCUCCAAUAUUUGGUGGUUCACAUAAAGGGAAUUUAAAAAAAAGGAAAAAAAAG